UACGGUCGCAGGAGAGAUUCCAAUCGAACACGGGAGAAAAUGGCGAAGCCUCUAGGUACCACCGGCGAGUUCUUCCGGCGAAGAGAUGAAUGGAGGAAGCAUCCGAUGCUUUCGAACCAAAUGAGACACGCUCUUCCCGGUCUCGGCAUCGGCGUCGCGGCCUUCUGCGUGUACCUCGUGGGUGAGCAGAUCUACAGCAAAGCUUUGGCUCCUUCCAAAUCAUCAUCCCACCACAAUCAGAAACAGCCUGCUCCCUCUCACUGAAUACCAUCGAUCUUCUUCUUCGAUCAGAUGCUCCAAACAGUGGCACAAGUUGAAGGCAAGGCUUCUUGUUGGCUUGUCUUACUGGCUUUCUUGGCUUGUCUUAAUAAUGUUGGCUGUGUUGUUGCGCACAACAAUUUUAAUUUCUCUGUUGAACUUUAAAUUUUGUUGGGAUUAAACGUUCUUUGUCUCUCCCACAAGUUAUGUUUUGCUUCUAACCUGGCGUUGAAUGUUGCUUUGUAUUGUGGGAUUGUCUUUGCAAUUGUGACUUGUUGUGAGUAGACACUCAGAUAAAACUGCGUCGUGUUGGAGAUGGUAGCA